AUGGCUAGCAUCGGCGGCACGAUAGAAUCCAGUCAAGCGGGUUUGGCCACGUUGGGCGGCGGCGGGGAAACGAACAAUAAUGGGCUAAAACGAGUGGAGGGUCGCUUGAAGCAAGUCGAGAUGUCAAUGGAGGAGAAAAGCUGGAGCCCCUCAGGGGAGGAAAUCCCGCCUCCACUUGGGGAUCCGAAUGGACCCCAUCCAAUGUCGGCGACUCCGUGGAUGACGGAGACGUUUUUCCACGCAGCAAACGCACGCGAUGAUGUGAUGAUGCUGGAGAUCGCUCAACGGCGCGUUGCUCGUCGAAUAUUGCACCAAUCAGUGCUGUAUCCCCGCACUCCCGAUCGAGGCCAUGGCGGUGUCGAUCAUAUUGGGAAGGGGAGGAAAAGAAGCUGCCUUUGGUCGUGGCAAACCGGGCCGCAUCGAGGCGCGGGUUGGAACGGGCGCAACUGCAAUCCCUUUCGUACUAUUCAUCUAUCCCACGAUCCACUGGAGUUGGAGAGCAAUCCUCCAUCUUUCUCCUCUCCACCAGUAGGUGGCCUUCCUGCAGACCCUCAAACUUUGAAGCCAGCCCCGACCGAUUGGCACGUAAAACCCCCGACCGCCAGCCAGCCAGAUGAUCCGCAACGGAAAUGCCCGACCGUCGCAAAGAACAGCCCCAGGAGAAAAAAGAAGGGCUCGGAUCACCAAUCAGUCCGGUUGAUCAGCAUCCCAUCUCGCGUUGGCGAUUUCCCACCUGCAGCAGAUGUCGCUGACUGGCUGGCUCGGCUGCGGGAUGGAGCUUUAGUGUCUGUGUGUUCUGGAGUCUUUUCUGUCCUGAUCAUCCCGAGCAUCCACUAAGACCUUUAAGAGUAACAGCCUGUUAGAUGACAGUCCUGGUCUGACAGUAGAGUUAGG